AUGACACCUUUACAUUUCAGCUACUACUCAGCCUUUAUUGUCAGUAUCACAGGCCUCUCGUUACACCAAACUCACCUAAUUUCAACCCUACUAUGCCUCGAAAGUAUAAUACUAUCACUUUAUAUUGCACUAUCAAUAUGACCUAUUCAACUACAAACCUCAUCAUUUAUGCUAACCCCCAUGUUAAUAUUAUCCUUCUCAGCCUGCGAAGCUGGCAUAGGACUCUCAUUACUUGUAGCAUCUUCACGAACUCACGGCUCAGACCGCCUACAGAACUUAAACCUUCUACAGUGCUAA